CUACGCACUUCUGACGUCAUAGGACAGCGUCGGUGGACUCCGAGGCGGCUGCGGAGGCUACACGUGGGUUGGGAUCUGGAAAUUUUCAGACCAGGCUAUGGAUACACCGCUGAGGCGCAGCCGGCGGCUGGAACGCCUAAAGCCUGAAUCCCCCGAGAGCCCCACCUCAGUGUCGCGGGCCAAUCUGGCCCUUGUGGAGCUCGAGUCAAAUACAGAAGAAACGAGGGAACCCGCAUCUCCUUGGAGUGUGAGGCAACCCGGCCUAGAGUUCCCCCGACGCCAAGCAGACGCAGGCCCCGGAUCACCUAGUCUGCUGCAGGGUGCAGGCUUGGGGUCCCCCAGAAGGGAGCCAGAGCCGGGCCCAGGGUACCCCCAGCUUCAGCAAUAUUCAGACCAGGAGUCUUCCCGAAGACAGCCGGAGUGGAGUCCAGAGUCCCCCCGGUGUCAGCCAAAGCCGUGUGGGGAGUCACCAAAGGUCUCCCAGAGCCGAAUAGAACAGGACUCGGAGUUGGCGCAGAGUGAGGAGCUGGCCCCGGGGUCCCCUCAACAUCAGCUGCAGCCGGGCCCCGGAUCCCCAGAGCCUUGCGCCGGUCAGCAAGCACCGGGUCCGGAGCCGUCGCGGCCACUACAGGAGUUGACACCUCAGCCACCCGACUCCCCUCAGAGUCAGCAGAAGCCAAGCAAACCACCUCCGGCCGGGGAAACGGUGAAAAGCGGCUUCGGAGCAAAGAAGAAAGAAGGUUCUUCAGCCCAGGCCCCUUCGUCCAAGAAGUUGAAGGAGGAGGUUCCUGAAAUCCCGAAGGGAAAGCCCAAGUCGGGCCGGGUGUGGAAGGACCGCUCCAAGAAGAG